AUGGACGACGAAUACGUUGAUGUCACAGACGACGGCCCGAGCGAGCCCGCCACAACCGCCACGGGCCGUCCCCGGCGCGCCGCCGCCCAGCGCCGCUUCGACACGCCGGACUACGUCGACGACGACGACGAAGAUGACCGCAAAGACGGCACCGUGCGCGGCUCGCGCUCCGGCCCGCGUCCCCGCAUCACCCUCGGCAACGGCCCCGCGCCCAAACUCAAGCUCAAGCUGAGCGAGAAAAGCACGGCGGCGCUGGCGCCGGGCAUGAGUUUCCUGGGCGCGUACGAUCGGGAGCUGGACUCGGACGACGAGGAUUUGACGUUUGAGGAGCAGUUUGUGUUGAGGCUGCCGCCUGGGGAGGAUCUGGAGAAGUUGAGGAGUAUGGUGCAGAGUAGGGAGGUUAGCAAUGAUGUUUGGUUCAAGUUUAAGGACUCUCGACGAGCUGUAUUUCAUAUUGGCACACAUCUAUACUCGGCCAAGCUCGUAGACUUGCCAUGUAUCAUCGAGUCGCAGAAGACGAUAGACGGCAAGCAGAUGUUCAAAGUCGCCGAUAUUUGUCAGAUGCUCGUAGUUGAAAACCGCAUCCCCUCCGAAUCCGCCGUCGGCCAUGACCGAAUAAACGUAGACGAGUUCAUCUGGCCGCACGGCGUAACCCCUCCCCUGCGCCACGUCCGCAAACGCCGUUUCCGCAAGCGUGCCUCCAAACGAAAGAUUGAGAGCGUUGAGGAAGAAGUGGAGCGUCUACUGGGCCAAGAUGAGCUGGCAAGCGAGAUGAAGUACGAGGUUCUGGAGAACGUCAACCCCGACCUGAGCGAUAGCGAGUUUAUCGAGAAGGAAGAGGAGGAAGAACCCGAGAUGCCCACGCCCGGACCCUACUCAGAGGCCGGCGACCCCGUCACACCUAGCGCGGCCAAUAACGGCGGUGCAAACUCCGACGAAGAGAACGAAGGGGAGAUCGACGAGGAGCUGGCGGCGGAAUUGGAUCUGGCGCUGAACAAAGACGAGGACGACGAAGACGGGAGAGACGAGGAUGACGAGGAGUCCGACGAAGAAUCAGACGAGGACGAUCUAGAAGGGAGCGACGAGGACAAUGCCGAUACGCAGGCCAAACGGCUGCUCAACGGUGAAAUCGCCGAUCUCGAGCGGGCCGUUCAACGUCGUGAGGCAGAAAUGGCCAACACAGCCAACCCGCUCAUUCGUCGCCGGUUUGAGGACGCGCUCAGGAAGAUGAAGGGCGAGCUCGACGCCAAACGCUUACAGCGGACCAGGCUCGAUACGGGUGGCGAAGGCGAGGACGCAGGGGACGAGGGCGACGACGAAGAGGACGAGGAGGACGAGAGCCUCGUACCGCUGCCACCUUUGCUCGAACAGGGCAUGCCGCCUUUGCCGCCGGGAAUGAUGCCUCCGCCGCCGGGUAUGCCGCCGCCUCCCGGUAUGAUGCCACCGCCUGGGCCACCGCCGCCUGGGAUGCCGCCGCCGCCUGGGAUGGAGGUGGACGACGAUGGGUUGUUUGGGCCUGACGAUGAUGUGGACAUGGCUUGA